GUGAAAAUAUAACACGGCGCUGGAAAUCAAUUUUCCCUUUCUGAGAAGAGAAAUACCAGUCCCCGGAACAUUUCCGCCUCCGCCAAAAAAAACACACCCUUCUCUGCUCGGAGAGAGAGAGAGAGAGAAGAGUCACAUAGAAACACCGCUUAAACGUCGAUCGAAUUACAUACAACAGCAGACGUAACUACGCCGCCGAUGGAUUUCCAAGUCCCAACGGAUCUGAUCCGUCAACUCCAGCACUCGCUCCGGAAGCAAGCUGGGCUCUCCUCAUACGACCCGGCCGACCCGACCCUCCCGGCCCUCCCGUCGCUCCGCGGAUCCGUGUCCGGGUUCGACCCGUCGCCGCCGUACCUCCGGUGCAAGCAUUGCCAGGGCAGGCUCCUCAGAGGGCUCCAAUCGGUCAUUUGCGUCUACUGCGGUAAACGGCAGCCCAAGGACGUUGCUCCGGACCCCAUCAAAUUCAAAUCGACAUUCGGGUCUCAAUGGUUACUUCAGUCCUUGGACUUGGAUGGAUCGGAGACUGUUGGACCAUCCAUUGAAGAAACUGGACUAAACAGAGGACGUAGUACACCAAAAGAUGAAAUUUCUUUGUCUGAUCUCUUGAACAUAGAAAUACCAUGGCCAGCUGAAUCAGAGCUAACUGAGCAUAGUCUUCCAGACAAUGAGCUGUUGCAAACAAAAAGUUCUUUGAACUUGGCUGGUGUUGACCUGGACAACUUUUUCACUGAAUCGAAGAGGGACCUUGUUUCUCAUUCGAUGGAAGACCCCAGAGCAACUAACAGUCAGAGUGAGAAUGCUGAGAUGAAUGCAUUUUCCAGCCAAGAAAAUGUUAGUUUAUUUCAGAAUGUUCAUAAUUCUUUGACAGCAUUCAGCUCUUCUGAAACAAAGGAUAACGAUGGUUUCUCUGGUUGGGAAGCGGAUUUUCAGUCAGCCGAUUCUGGAAAUCAGCCUGAGGUUUCAAGACCAUUUGAUGCAUUUGCAGGUUCUGCAGUCGAUCUUUCUGCCCACAUGGAUUUAGUCUUUGGGUCUGGAAAAGACUUGGAAGAUGAGAACGCAAAGCAUGCUUCAGCUCUUUUGGAGUCGACAAGUGAUGACCAGAUUCAAGAUGACCUGUGGAAUAAUGUAAACGUUUUGGCGCCGCACCAGGCUGAACAAGUUGAUGUAACAAUCAAGAGUAAAGGUCUCGUAGCAGCUGAUAAUUUGUACAGUCAUCCUUCUACGGGUACUGAUUGGUUGCCAGAUGAUAUGUGGCAAACCAGUGGCACAACUGCACCUGAGAAUAAGACAAAAAGAGCAGAUGAUUCGUUUGAGAUUUGGAAUGAUUUUACUAGCUCUAAGAAUGCACAAGAUUCUUCUAAGGAUUCUUUGAUACAAAGCAGAGAUCAGAUUGCUUCUGGUGAACAAAUAUCCGAUGUAACUUUUUCUAGCUCAACCAACAAAUCUCAGGAAAUGGAUUUUAGUUCUUUAUCUCAACCAGAUAUCUUUUCUGGACCUUUUAGCAAUGAAACAGGUUCUGUUGAAACAAACAUUAUGCAGUCAGAGGUCCAUGCCUCGGAAAGGUUGGCCAAUGUUAAAGUCGAAGUGGGAGAGAAUGUUGUCCAAGCUGCUAACAAUGAAGAUAUUUUCAAUUCAGCCACACAGUCCGAGCUCGACGUGGAGAGUUUAUUGUCACAGAUGCACGAUCUUUCUUUCAUGCUAAAGAGCGAUCUUUCAGUUCCCUCCAAGUAAGAUGAUCAGAGUUCCUUUCCACAAGAUUAAGACUCAAUUCGAAGUUAUUUGAGCUUGUAUUAUCAAUGUCCACUUGUUUUAGUUCCAGUAUUUCCAAAAAUCUGUUUUCUAUAAGAAUCAAAAUGGUCAUUGGGCUUUGAUUUAUGAAAAAAGCAUCCAAAUGGUCUUGUAUCCACUUGUACAAGUAUCUAUUGACAGUAUUGCAAAGGGAAAAUGUUGUGAAAUUGGUAGCGGAAUGGUGGUUUCUGAAUCUGAACUUAUGUUUUCAUGAAAUGGCUUUUGACUUUAUUUGUCUUU